GGAGAGAGGUGGAUGGAAUUUCAAGGAAUCAAGGAUUGGGAUGGUUUGCUUGAUCCACUAGACGAUGAUCUUCGCGAAGAGAUUCUAAGGUAUGGAGAGUUCGUCGAAGCAGCCUAUUGCUGCUUCGACUUUGACACGUCAUCAUCCACGUAUGCAACCUGUCGGUAUCCGAAAGGUUCCAUGCUGACACGCUGCGGACUUGGCCAGAGCGGGUACAAGGUCUUAAAAGACUUGCAUGCCACGUGUGCUGUUCAAAUGCCACGGUGGACAGAAAGAUUUCCUAAUUUGGUGUCGCCGCGAUCCAGCUGGAUUGGUUACGUGGCGGUAUGCGAUGACGUGGACGAGAUUGCCCGGCUAGGUCGCAGAGACGUCGUGAUUGCUUUUAGAGGUACUGCCACUUGUUCAGAAUGGCUUGAAAAUUUACGUGUCACGUUAACUUGCUUGCCUAAUGACAUGACACCUGAAAAUAGUGAACCCAUGGUACAAAGUGGACUCUUGAGUCUGUACACUUCGAAAAUAGAAAGCAAUCCAAGUUUACAAGAUACAAUAAGAAAAGAAAUUGCCAGCAUUCUCAGUAAUUAUAGUAAUGAGUCUCUUAGCAUAACAGUCACAGGACAUAGUCUUGGAGCUGCCUUAGCUACACUUACUGCAUACGAUAUAACAACAAAAUUUAGUGAUUUGCCUAUGGUAACAGUGGUAUCAUUUGGAGGACCUAGGGUUGGUAACAAGAGCUUUAGGUGCCAAUUGGAAAAAAAUGGUACAAAGGUACUCCGAAUUGUGAACUCUGAUGAUCCCAUAACAAAAGUUCCUGGGUUCGUGAUCGAUGACGUGGCAAGCCGAGGAGCAGCCACGCUGGCAAGAUUGCCAAUCUGGCUUGGAAAGUACAUGGAAGAUACUGUAUGGGUGUAUGCUGAGGUGGGGAAGGAGCUUAAGUUAAGUAGCAAAAGUUCGCCUGAUCACCUCAGCAAAGGAAAUGUAACAAAAUGUCACGAUUUGAAGACAUAUUUGCACUUGGUGAACAAUUUUGUUAGCUCAUCGUGUCCCCUAAGGACCACCGCUAAGAAAGUAGUAUUAAAGAGAAAACAACGUGAAAGAAAAACAGCAAUAGAUUUAGUUUGA